CAUCUGCGCGUGCCUCCUCGGAGAUCAAAGCUCCUCCCGAGAUGCUGGUCCAAGCUUUGGCCCCCUUCAUCCGCACUCAACGGCCAACACUGCCCUCAUAUUCCAUAUCCAACUUGCUCUCUAGCUGACUCGUUUCCUCGUCUUCUGAGUCAAUCCCUCUGCUCCACUCGUUCCGAGAUCAACCUUCUUCACUCGCAAUUUCCCUUUUUCUCUGUCGUCCCCUUUCUUCUUGGUGAAUCAACGUAAUCCCAUUCAUUUCUUUCGUCCAUGCAAAACCCUCCAGGUCGCCGUCGAUUUUGUUUGAAUUCUGAAGGCUGUUUUCCCUUUUGACUUCGCAUUUUCAUGAAUCGGAUGGCUCCGUUUCACUGGGUCUUCUUCCUUGUCACUCUCUGGUGCCUUCUUCGUGGCCUGGACGCUAGCGAUGGCGAUGCGGAUCCGCUUUACAAGAGUUGUGUGGAGCAGUGUGAGAAAACUGGAUGUGUAGGGACUACAUGCUUUCAACAUUGUAAAUUUUCAUCAGACGGAAAACCAAUUGAUGGUCCAUGGUAUAUGCAUGAACCCCUUUACCUGAGGUGGAAACAGUGGGAUUGCCGCACCGACUGUCGCUACUAUUGCAUGCUAUCUAGAGAGGAAGAAAGAAUGAAACUUGGUGGCAAGCCUGUUAAAUAUCACGGAAAAUGGCCAUUUCAGCGUGUUUAUGGGAUUCAGGAGCCUGUCGCUGUGGCACUCUCUGCCCUUAAUCUCGCUGUGCAAUUCCAUGGUUGGGUAUCCUUUUUCAUUCUUGUAUACUAUAAGUUGCCUUUGAGAUCAAAUAAGAAGACAUACUAUGAGUUCACUGGCUUGUGGCACAUCUAUGGGAUACUAUCAAUGAAUUCAUGGUUUUGGAGUGCUGUAUUUCAUAGUAGAGAUGUGGAAUUAACAGAAAGGCUGGAUUAUUCUUCUGCUGUGGCCUUGCUGGGAUUUACCCUCAUUCUGGCGAUACUCCGGGCAUUUAAUUUGAGAGAUGAGGCUUCAAGAGUCAUGGUUGCUGCUCCCCUGAUUGCUUUUCUGACAACUCAUAUCCUGUUUCUAAAUUUCUACCAACUUGAUUAUGGUUGGAACAUGAAAGUGUGCCUUGUGAUGGCUGUUUCCCAGCUUUUAAUUUGGGCAAUUUGGGCAGGUGCUUGCCAUCACCCAGCACGGUUAAAGUUAUGGGUGGUGGUGGUGGGAGGAGGGCUGGCUAUGCUCUUGGAGAUAUAUGACUUCCCACCUUACAUGGGUUAUGUGGAUGCUCAUGCUCUUUGGCAUGCAACCACAAUCCCUCUUUCAUACCUGUGGUGGAGCUUUAUCAGGGAUGAUGCUGAGUUCACCACCACAUCGCUUGUCAAGAAGGUGAAAUAGUAUUUGACUCAGCAAACAUAGGGGUUGGAUCAGACACGACAAGCUUGCUUUUGUUUGUGAAUUAGAACUAUCUUUUUCCUCGUGUAUGCAUUUGAUUCCGAUGCUUUCCACGAUGGUUCCCUUCCUGGGUUUGUUUGGUAAAUGCCAUAUUAUUUCACCUCCCUCAUGUGAGGGAUCCUUUUGUUUUUUAAACUGGAAUCUACAUUUGCUUUGCCUAGUUCUCUGUUUUAAGAAGUCCCUUCCUUCUUGACAACCACUAUCAGCCCCAUAUAUUCUCUAGGAAAUGAUGUAACAACAGAAAUGGGAUUGAAUUAAUGGCUGGAUGAAAUGAAGGAAUAGUGUGACUUUCAAACGUGUCUGACUUUCCAUGAAAAUGAAAAUUAGAUGCCUUUUCAUAUGCAUUACACAGUUUGAGAUAUGUUGUAAUGUUCAUGCCUUAAGAGUAGCGUGGUUUGUUAUAAAUUUAAUAUUUCA